AUGAUCCUAAAUUACAAAGCGAAGUUAAGGGAUCAGGCUUGUGCUAAUGGCGACGAAAAUUUGAAGCUGCCUCCCUCCACCAACGAUUUCGCCGUCUCCAUCUCCGCCGAUUGCGCCGCCUCCUCUAUCUCCGCCGGUAGCGCCACCUUCCUCGUCAAAACACCUUUCUUGAAGCCCAACUACAGGAUUGCUUCAAAGAUUGAUUGGUCUUUUGUUCUACAUGAUGUAACAUGGAUAUGGCUUAUCAAUUGUAGUUGUUCAGUAUGGUUGGAACCUGACAUUCAUCCAAUUUGUGUUGCAGAAGGCUAUAGGAUUGCUUCAAAGAUUGAUGUUGAUCAUAUGCAACGAAUCUCACACAUGAAGAAAUCCAAGAUAGGAAAGGCAUCAAAACGGAAGGAUAGGUUCAGUUAAUUUUAGAAAGAACAAAUUGGAAUAGUUUUUGUGUUAGUGUUUGAAAAUAUUUAUGUUUGGAUUUUAUUUGAAUUUUAGUAUUAUUUGGUGGAUUUGAAAAUAUUUUUGUUUGAUUUGGAUUAUGUAUUGUGUUUAUAUAUAUAUUUUAUAAUCAUUCAAAGA